CUGACACACUCGCUCCGUCUUCGCUGUGAAGUUGAAACGUCUGCGAAGCUGGCUCUCCUCUAAAAACCUCCAGGGGCAAAGCUCUCGGGCGACGCACACUUUGGCCUCAUAUAUAUAUGUUUUUAUUUGGUUUGUUUGUUUCUUUUGGUUUGCUUUGUUUUUGGGUUCUUUUUGUCACGGGCUUUCAUCGGAUAUGACUCCAACGCUCCGGGGCGACUUCUCCCCUGAUUCGCUUUGUUGUUUGGCUGACGACGGAAUAACGCUUUAAAUGACAUUUUCACGUAUGGACGAGGAGACUUGCUGAAUGAAACUUUCUACAAUUUGGAUUCUUCUCGGAUGAGCGAAGAAGCGCCAAUGGGUGGCCGCUUCUCUUUAAAAUAACCGAGCUGACUGCCCGCUGUGGAGCGCUGCGUGGGACGCGGAUAAAAUGUGUGGUCACCUCAAGCUGCAGGUCGGGAGGUUAGCAACGAUGUCAGGGGUCGCCCGUUUUGGAAAAUGAUUACUGGCAGCACCGACGGUAAAAUUAUGGUCAGAAGAUGCCUAGUAACGUUCAAACCGUUCAGGAUAUUCGUGGCGGGAAUAGGCUUCUUCAGCCUGUGCUUUCUAAUGACCUCUCUGGGGGGGCAGUUCUCAGCCAAGAGACUGGGGGACUCCCCUUUCACCAUCCGCACAGAAGUGCUGGGAGGUGUGGAGUCUCGCGGUGUGCUGAGGAAGAUCAGUGACAUGUUGGAGGUGAUUCUGAAGAGGAUGGACAGUCUGUCCAAACUGGACAACUCCUCCACGACUGAUGCAAGGCGCCUGGAUGAGCUCAGCUCUGCUAUCAACAGGUUUCAACCAGCUGGGUUGGUGGAGAGGAUCCAAGCUAUCGCGCAGAAUGUCUCUAACAUGGCCAUCAGGGUGGAGCAGAUACUGCAGAACAGCAUGGUGCAAGGCAGAGUGGUGAGAGAUGGGACAACAAGCCAGUGUGAUGUACCAAGAGACCCCCGCUUUCCAGAAUGUCCAGGAAAAGUAGAUUGGAUGCGUGCGCGGUGGACGUCAGAUCCUUGCUACGCCUUCUACGGUGUUGACGGCUCCGACUGCUCCUUCCUCAUCUACCUGAGCGAGGUGGAGUGGUUCUGUCCACCACUGGCCUGGAGGAACCACAGCAGCCCCCCCACCCAGCACACACACACACUGGCAAAGACCCCCAAGAGACAAGCUGCCUUCCGCACAGACCUCUCUGUACUGCUGGACCAGGUUGGGACUGGAAAAGAGUCCCUCAGCUUCAUGAAGCGUCGCAUUCGGAGGCUGAGUCAGCAGUGGGCAACAGCCGCCAACCGCCUAGACGCCAAACUGGAGCAACGGUGGAGGGACCAGAAGAAGAUCCUGGUCCAUGUAGGCUUCCUAACGGAGGAGUCUGGAGAUGUUUUCAGCCCUAAAGUGCUAAAGGGAGGACCUCUGGGAGAGAUGGUCCAGUGGGCUGACAUCUUGACUGCUCUCCAUGUUCUGGGACACAACCUCAAGAUCUCCAUGUCUGUCAAGGAGCUUCAGGGUUUCCUCGGUGUGCCCCCAGGCAGAGGCAGCUGCCCACUCACUGGUCCGCUGCCCUUUGACCUCAUCUACACAGACUACCACGGCCUGCAGCAGAUGAAGCAGCACAUGGGACUGUCGCUGAAGAAACACAAAUGUCAUAUUCGAGUGAUUGACACGUUCGGAACAGAACCGGCUUACAAUCAUGAGGAGUAUGCAACCCUGCAUGGCUACCGAACCAACUGGGGCUACUGGAACCUCAACGCCAGGCAGUACAUGACUAUGUUCCCUCACACACCAGACAACUCAUUCAUGGGCUUCGUUUCGGAGGAGCUGAACGAGACGGAAAAGAGGAGCAUCCAGCAGAACAAAGUCAACAACAUGGCUGUAGUGUACGGGAAAGAGGCCAGCAUGUGGAAGCUUCAGCAGGGUAAGGAGGGUUUCUUGCAGAUUCUCCACAGGUACAUGGAAGUCCAUGGCACAGUGUACUAUGAAACUCAGAGACCUCCAGAGGUUCCAGCCUUUGUGAAGAACCAUGGCCUGCUGCCACAACAUGAGCUGCAGCAACUGCUGCGCAAGGCAAAGCUCUUCAUUGGUUUUGGUUUCCCUUACGAAGGCCCAGCCCCUCUUGAAGCAAUAGCCAAUGGCUGCAUUUUCCUGCAGCCCAAGUUCAACCCACCCCACAGCUCACUAAAUCAUGAGUUUUUCAGAGGCAAGCCGACAUCUCGAGAGGUUUUCUCCCAGCACCCCUACGCAGAGCAGCACAUUGGCAGACCUCACGUCAUGACAGUGGACUACAACAACUCCCUGGAGUUUGACUCUGCUAUCAGGGAAAUCAUGAGGACAACGGUUGAGCCAUAUCUGCCUUAUGAAUAUACCUGUGAGGGGAUGCUGGAGAGAGUGCAUGCCUACAUACAGCAUCAGGACUUCUGUGUCCCAGAGCGUCCCUUCAUUCCAACCAACCUCUCCAGACUAGGGUCUACAGGUGGCAGCAGGAUGAUAGGACCUCUGUUUGUGCCCCUGCCCAACUCCACAGCCCUCGGUUGGGCAUCCAAUGUGACGGCCCCCAAUGCCUGGCCUCCUCUCAGCUCCCUCAGGCUGCUUGUAUCUCAGGAGGGCCAGUCUUGUGUGGACUCCUGCCAGUCAGCCGGUUUCAUCUGUGAACCUGCUCACUUCCGCUUCAUCAACAACAAGGAGGCUCUGCGCGGGUUGGAUGUUCAGUGCGAGGUGGUGGACUCUGAGAUCAACCACAUCCUCCCAGCAUUCUCAGUAUUGCGACAGGAGUGCGGCCUUCAGCGGGAUCCGCUACUCUUCAGCUGCGCAGGACACUCGUCUAAAUACAGACGUCUUUGCCCCUGCAGGGACUUCCGCCACGGGCAGGUGGCACUGUGCAGAGACUGUCUUUAAUGGUGGGAUGCUUGAAGGACAGACACGAAAGAAAUAGGUGCAGACUGAUAGGUGGGGGGGCACUGGAAGACAGCAGCAGGGCAGAGCUAGAGUAGACCUGCAACAAAUUACCUGGUGGUGCAGAGAGGCAGUCUCUCUGUAAAAUAGUGAACAUGGAAGGAUGAGGAAUGGCCAUGCAUGCAUUUGAAGAGCUAAAGCCUGAAUUGUAGUUGGGUUGUGAGUGAGGAUUUUGGCUCUUUGUAACUGCAACAGCCUGGAAACAACGAGCAGUAAGACUUUUUAGAACAGUUUCCAUGUGUUCUCAGGUGUCGUGUACAAUUGAGAGGUGUAUUCCACAGAAGACUGGGUUACCAAGCAGACAACCUCUCAUAUAUCUCAUAAAGCCCUUGACAACAGAAUAGUUUCUACAAGAAGCCGACUGCUGACAUUAUACUCACUGUUUCAUUUGUAGAACUGCAUACUGACAAACAAAGGGGUUUAAGUUAACAUACAGUCCCCUCCAAAAGUAUUGGAACAGCAAGGCAAAUUCCCUUGUUUUUCUUGUUCACUGAAGACAUUUGGGUUUAAGAUCAAAAGAUGAAAAUGAGACAAGAGUUCAGAAUGUCAGCUUUUAUUUCCUGGUAUUUACAUCUAGAUGUGUUAAACAACUUAGGAUAUUUCACCGUUUGUAUUACACUACAGCAUUUUUAGGUGCAAAGGUAACGGAACAUGUGACUGACAGGUGUUUCUUGUUGACCAGGAUUGAUUGUUCAAACAUUAAAUAGCUCUACAUGACUAGUCUAUUUUUUGGCCUGGGUUGAAACCUAUAAAGUAUGCAUUUCUUGUAAAAGACGAUAAACCAACAUGAAGACCAGAGAGCUGUCUAUGGGAGAAAAGCAAGCCAAGCUGAGAAAAGAAGGAAAAUCAGUCAGAGCCAUGGGACAAACAUUGGGCAUAGCAAGCACAACAAUUUCAAAUGUCCUGAAUAAGAAAGAAACUGCUGGUGUAUUGAGCAACAGACCUCGAACAGGUCGGCCAAGGAAAACAACAGUAGUUGAUGACAGAAAUAUUGUGAGAGCUGUAAAGAAAAACCCCCAAACAUCAGUAAGUGACAUCACCAACGACCUCCACAGUGCCGGGGUUAAGGUAUCACAAUCCACUGUUCGAAGAAGACUCCGAGAGCAGAAAU